UUGUCUCCGGUUUAAUGCUGGGAUACUAUCACACACCGCAGUCAUCUUGUAUAAGGAAUAUGCCAUCGUUUGUAUGGAUGGUUCUACUUUUUACACUGUGUGCAGCAGAUAUCCCAUCGCGAGACAGCAGUGACGAAGAUGCUGCCAUUCUGAGAAAAGCUCUAUGGAAUCUCCCCAGUGGCCACCCGCUAACGAGAUGGGUGUCCCCUUCCAGACUUUCUCCUUUCCGCAUCCAGCAGAUUGCUGCAUGGCUGCGACGUGUUCAUCCUCAUUGGCAUGUCCUGCCUCACAGCGCCCUCUACUCGCUCAUAUCUAGGUGGCACAAUAGGCCAAGCAACGGCCAGCACCCGACUCCAGCAAAGGAGAUAGUGAGCCCGGUCGAUUUCAGAACGUGGUACAAAGGAUGGAUGCAAGACGAUGUUGGGGAGUGUGGCCUUCCUGACAUUGAACCAAGGCUGAAGAUGCUGAGAGUUGUUGGGGGGAAAUGAUGCUAUACCGGGCAGCUGGCCUUGGAUGGUUUCUCUCAAGUUUGCCAACCAGCACUGGUGUGGCGGGGUUCUGCUGGACAAGCAAUGGGUCCUCUCUGCAGGCCACUGUUUCUUUGGGUGGCCUGUAUUCAGCAACUUGUCACUAUGGGAGGCACGCCUUGGAAAAUUCGACCCAACACCUGGAGCACAGCCAGAGCCGACCCAACAGAACAUGAAACUCAUUAAAGUCUAUACCCCUCCUGGCUUCAACGCCAGUGAUCCUCUGCUACCGGGAAAAGAUCUGGUCCUGCUUAAGCUGGAUCAUCCCGUGACCUUCAACAAGUGGACAAGGCCUCUGUGUCUGCCCAACAACGAUGACAUUCCUAGCACCGGACAGAAGUGUGUCAUCACUGGCUGGGGGUCUAUAACACCGAAUGGACCUCCUGGCACCCUGAAGGAGGCUGUUGUACCGGUGUACAGUUACUCUGACUGUAAGAGGCUACCUGGAUACAUUGAUCUGGUCACGGAAGACACAAUCUGUGCGGGAUACAGGGAGGGUGGGGUCGACUCGUGCCACGGAGACAGCGGAGGACCCCUUCAGUGCAAGAUGAACAACAGAUGGGUGAUGGCCGGAACAACAUCCUUUGGUGAUGCAGGUGGUUCAGGCUGUGCAGUGGCCAUGAGACCAGGUGUGUACACACUGACAGCCAGCUAUGUGGAGUGGAUACACAGGAAACUAUACCAGGACUACAGGGUCAGCUUCAGGGAGCAGCAAUAGAGGAACAUCCUGGAGCUUCACAAGCAGCUCCUCCAGACAGAGACUAUUGGGAGAAAUGACAUAUCCACACCGGUGACACAAGUUACUCUUCAUGCUUACAUAGCAAGCCUUUUUAUCUUUUGAUGUUAAAUAUUCUGAACAGUUUGGGGUUACAACGAUCGUGAUGAUUGCUUUAAAUCUGUGAUUUGGUAAACCCUUGAAUGUAUAUGUAUAAAAUUGGUAUAAUUUUUGAGAAAAUGUACAAUGACGAUGGGUUGAAUAAAUUACCCUGAUGUACUUUUUAGAAAUGUAUUUUUAUAGCAAACAAUAAAGCAUGUUUUUUCUGCAAGGAUAUCAUCUUGUUUGUGGCAUUUUAAA